AUGGCUAAAAUAGCUACAUCAACAAGAUUGCUGCCAUUGGCUGGCACUGCGACGAUAUUAAUACUAUUGUUCUUAUCGCACGUUCUCGUCGCUGCACAACAACUGGAUGAGGUGAGCGAGUCUACCGAUCUGCAACAACCCGUUCCGGAAGGUAAGACCUUCGAUAGCACCCUGACGGAUGACUACGUAAACUGUCCUCCUGAAGAUCAGAUCGCAGAAGAGCUACUAGAAGAGUCUUCAUCACCGUCGGCAGAAGUGGAGAAAGCUGAUGCUGGCCGAAAGUUUGAUGACUACCCUCCAAUAGUAAAGGAUGAGAGAGAUCGAGUCAUUCGACUGCCGGGAAUGCGUCCCCGAGGUGGUCCCUUUGACGAGGUAAAGAUCAUCGAUGAUCAAGCCGAUGCAGAGCUACUGGACAUGACGGAAAACCUGUCCGUCGAUAAUGCUGGACGAGUUUUCGAAGCCGAGACCGAUUCACCCGACGGUUCGGGAGAUGACGCAAUACAACCAGAAAUGCCAUCCGAACCGAAAACAGCGCAAGUUAUACACAUUCCAAUACGAAAACCCGCUAUUCCAAUGGAUGAUGAUACCGACGCGGAACCCACCGAAACAGAAGGAAUGCUGAAGCAUCUCAAAGCGGAAACCCUCUACGAUCUGGCGGAAGGGGAAACUAAAGCGCAAGGUGUGAAAAAGUUUCUGGAAGAACAUCCGGAAGAAAUCAUUCUGGAGUCACCCAACUAUCCGAACCCGUAUCCUAACGUGGUUAAUGAUUACCGAAAUUUCUCCGUCGAUGGUGGACGUGGUGUUCAGAUCACAAUCCACGAUCUUGAUCUCAAUCCGACCACCGACUUCCUGUACAUUCGCGCCGGAAACCUGGAAGCGACGGACGAGAAAGGCCCUGUUCUGACCGGCACGUACCAGGAGCCGUUACGAUUUCUGAUUCCACAGACGACCGUGUUCACCAUUCAUUUCGUCGCACAGCAGGACGCCGAGGUGGAGCAGAAACAUCGUGGCUUUCGGCUGACGUACGCUUCGUUCGGUAGUCUGAACUCUCCGACGACACCGACCACGACGGAGGUGAUCGUACCGCAGGAGGAGCUGCAGUGGACAACGAAGGAGAUUGUCAUAACACCGGCAAUGAUGGAUCUGCCGAGUACCUGGGCGGAGAUCAAGGAAGCGUUGUCCAACGCCAGCAAUAAGUACAUCGCGCAUCACAACUUAUCCUACAUGCCCAGUCGACCGUUCGAUGUGAAGCUGCUGGCCCGCAAGUGUCCCGAUACGUGGCGAAACCAUGAGAACUGUGUCAGCCUGGAAUAUGCCGUACCGUUGCGUCCCAUCUUCUACGAACCGUCGGAUGAUGAGGAUGGGUCGGACUUUGGCUUCGGUAAUAAGUUCCUGCAGAAGGGUUUCAUAUCGAUCACCACGGUCGAAGCGACCGAACCGCAGUACGAGCUGGACGUGCAGAAGCUGGACGAGAUGUGGGAAGAGUUUGGCAAAAAGGAGCUACUGCUCGCAGGGUACGAGAUGUACAUUAUGCCGGAAAACAGUCGCAUUCUGCUGACGUGGAUUGGGAUCAGCCUUGCGAUCGUGUGCACCUUCCUGUUUGUGCUGUACAUGAUUUGGAAGAUUGACAUCUUCAAGGACUAUCGCAGAAUUUCUCGCUCAAGCCACGGCAUCUCGGUGGACGAUGAUAAAAAUGAGCUGAAGAAGAAGGAGUUUGAUAUCUCCAUGUUCCCGUCACCGCACCAGGUCGUUCCCACGUUCUUCCCCACCGGUGAUCCCUACGGUGCGCCGGAAUCGGAUGCACAGUACGCGUACGAUAAUGCGACGAUGAGCCAGUGGCCGGAAGACUUCAACGAUCCGCGAUAUCCCGAGACGGCGUUUAGCAACGGGCAUCAGCAGCAGCAGCACGGUAAUCAGCGAACCGGUCCAACGCGUCCCUACGAACCCGUCUCGCCGAUGGACUUAUCGCCCGCACCGGUUGACUUUAAUGUAUCGCCCCGUUCCGCACGUCCUUCGGCAGGGAGCAGAAAUAAUCCAUUUUUAUCACCCCGAGGAGGAGGACCCCGUACGUCCGCCGGUAAUCAUCCACCGCCACCGCCCCCGCCGCCCGGUAUGAGGUAA